AUGUCUCCCAACGCGACUUCCGAUGAUCUCGCUAUCACUCACGAGAUGAAUCCGGAGAACAAGGACAACACCAAGCCGGGCCCUUCUACCCAACCUGCCCUUGGAACCACCGCCACUGCUGCCGACCAGGGUAUAUCCCAGAUGCAGCGUCUCCAUGCCAGCAUCCAGGAAGAGCGCCAGGCUCAUAUCAAGGAAGCCCAGCGCCUCGAGGCCCAAUACCAGGCGGAGCGGGAGGAGAAGGAGCGCCUGGAGGCGGCUGCUCAGAAGGCUGCUGCUCAGAAGGCAAAGGACGAGGCGCAGAAGGCGCGUAUUGAGAGAGCCGUGCAGGCCACCCCUGAGGAGCGUGCGGCCUAUGAGGAGGCUUUGGAGGCUCGUGACGCGAUGAGGCGUGCUGAACGCAGCCGUGCCAAUACUCUCGGCCGGAUCAACGGAUACCUCGAGGCCUGGGGAAAGAAGCCCCGACGUUGA